AUGGAGGCCAUCUCGCUGCCUAGUAAAGUCACUCCGCGCAUGCUCAAGCGCAAGCACAGCGCAGUAACCAGCACAUCUAGGAAAAAGAAUAAACUCGGCUCUGCUCAUGAAGAUGUCUCAAACUAUGGCUCGGAUACAGAGGAUGACGGCCUGGCAUGGCGCCCCGUCUCUCGCCCAGCCGGUGCAAUGCUUGGAGGCGGUCUAGAUGAGGAUGGUGGGCUGCUUACUAUCGAGGAAAUAGAAGAUGUCGAUGUCGAAUAUGUGGACACUGAGGCAGGGGGGCGUAUUGCAAAACUCAAAGCAGACAAACGACUCUACAAAGCCCUCGAAGACGACCCUAUUUCUACGAAUGUAACAUUUGACCAGUCGCUUCUUCCGGAAUGGGCCUCGAUGUCGCUUCAUCCCAUAAUAUCGCACAGUCUCCUCGAGUUAUCAUUCACCAAUCCUACCCCGAUCCAAAAAUCUGCUCUUCCAUUCGCACAGCAAGGCCGUGACGUCGUAGGAGUGGCAGAAACUGGCUCAGGGAAAACUUUGGCGUAUUCUCUCCCCAUCUUGCAAUACAUUCUGUCCAACCCGACUUCAAAUUCUAGCAGGAAACUUGCAGCUUUGAUUCUGGCCCCAACUCGUGAAUUGGCACUUCAAGUAUGCGAGCAUCUCAAGAAGGUUAUUAGCGCAGGAGCUAGCUCAUCCAAUGGAGGGGUGCCUCGGGUCAGCAUUGCUGCGAUUGUGGGAGGCCUGAGCGUACAAAAACAACGGCGAAUACUCGAACGAGGAGCUGAUAUUAUAGUGGCAACCCCCGGUCGUUUGUGGGAUGUUUUGGGAGAGAACAACACACUCGCUCGUCAGAUUCGUAGCGUGCAGUUCCUGGUAUUGGAUGAAGCGGACCGUAUGGUAGAGGAGGCCACUUUCAAGAGUUGGAUAACAUUGUCAAGCUCACCGGAAGAGCAAGACGAGAUGGCGGGUGACCCCGUUUUCGCCGAAGCGACAGCUGCAACAGUAGAUUCCGCCCCAGCAAAUACUGAAAUGCAGACAUUUGUAUUCUCGGCUACUAUGAGCAAAGAGCUUCAAAUAAAUUUAUCUCGUCGGUCGACAAAGCGAAAGAAUAAAGAUCAGAAAGGCUCGACCCUGGACGAUCUACUCAUGAAACUGGAUUUCCGAGAUCCCAACCCAGCCAUCGUUGACUUGAGCCCAGAAUAUGGGAAAGUUUCAACCCUUACUGAGAGUCGUAUUGAAUGCGUAUCUGGAGACAAAGACUUCUAUCUAUACUAUUUCCUACUCCGCUAUCCUGGACGUUCUCUCGUUUUCGUUAGCUCCAUAGAUGGGAUCAGACGCCUCACACCCAUUAUGGAACAACUUCAACUCAAAGUCUUUCCGCUCCACUCGCAACUCCAGCAACGUCAGAGAUUAAAAAACCUUGACAGGUUCAAAUCGACCCCCUCUGCCGUCUUAAUUGCCACCGAUGUAGCCGCACGUGGUCUCGACAUACCAUCUGUUGAUCAUGUUAUUCAUUACCAACUACCACGUACGGCAGACGCCUAUGUUCAUCGGAACGGGCGUACGGCUCGUGCUCAGCGAGAAGGUUUUAGUCUACUGUUGAUUGCCCCAAAUGAGAGAGGGAUUAUGAAGGGAUUGAUGGAGAGCUUGAAGCGUGCGGAGCCUAUUGUGGAACUGCCCAUCGAACACGAUAUCUUAGAUAGACUCAAGCAUCGUGUUCAGCUUGCAAGGCAGAUUGAUGCUGCUCAGCACAAGGUCAAGAAGGACAACCACGAAAAGAACUGGCUAAAAGAGACGGCGGAAGCACUAGAAAUCGAGUUGGAUUCAGAUAUUGAAGCGCAUAAUGAGAAGUCUCAUCAAGCCAAGAAAAACUUUGCCAAGGUGCAAAAACUCAAGCUGGAGCUGAAAGAACUACUCUCGGAGCCGCUGGUUGCAAGGGGGAUCUCUCGGCGGUAUAUAACAUCCGGAAGCCGGUCGAUUGCCGACGACCUCGUGAAUGCACGCAAUCAUAAGAAGAUGCUCGGCGUGCCUAACGUAUCUGCGGGAGAAGAUGUGGUUGUAUCCAAAUAA